CAACUCUCCUAUAGUAGUUACUAGUCAGUUAAAUUAUUUAAUUCAAUAGUGAAUACUGAAUAAACAAUAUUUUUAAUUAGUACUACUAAUAUUUAUUUGAUUAUAUACGUUUUAAAAAAUAUAUAUAAGCCUAAUUGAUUAAGUUCUAUUGUUUUUGUAAUUUAGAAAGUAAAAACAACCUAUAAGCUCCAAAAUGUCUCUUGAAACUGUCGAGCAUGCUUUAGCAGAGUUUUAUUGUAAUCAAAACGUCGAAGUACACAAAAUGUUGUUAGAAUUUCAAAACUCAGCAGAUGCUUGGAAUCUUGUAUGGGAUAUGUUACACACUUCUAAACCUCAUGAAGUACAAUUCUUUGGUGCCACUACACUUCAUAUAAAAAUUACCAAACAAUGGUUACAAUUGAAGCGAACUGAUUACAUACUCUUGAGAGACAAAAUUAUGGACACAUUAAUUAAAUACUAUAAUUGUACAGGACCUUCAAAUGUAACAAAUAAAUUGUGUUAUUGUCUAUGUGCAUAUGUUGUACGAACUGUACCAAGCCAUUGGCCGGAUGCUAUACCUCAAUUAAUGGAUACGUUUCGAAAUUCUUUAUCUCAGUCGUCUAUCAAUGUCAGUGUUAUGAUUUUGGAAAUAUUAAUGGCUUUACCAGAAGAAUUUAGUGCCUCAACAUUAUCACAAGUGCGACGAAAUGAAGUACGAAGAGAGCUUGAAAAAUCAUCAUUACAAGUAUUAACCAUUGUGGAUAGUAUUCUUCAAAGUGAUAGUAUGGAUCCAAUUGUCAUACAUGCAUUGAAGUGUGCAGCGUCCUGGUUGGAUGUUGGAUUUGAUCUCAUUAAGUGUCAUCGUCUAACAGAUACAUUCAUAUCAGUUAUUUUAAACCCUCAAAGAAAUCAAGAAUGUGUUUUAUUGGCUAUAGAUGCUCUGAAAUCCCUUUGUACACAUCCUCGAACUUCUGCAUGUGAAGCUACAGUUUUUGAAGUUUUGAAUAAAGUAAUAAUUUUAUCUGACAAAUUAUUCAAUCUAGAAGUAACAGAAGAACCUGAUAUUGUAGUUGAUAAACUCUUUGAUUUAUUUUUGGGUAUUGGCGAUCAACAUUUUCGGCCAGUAGUUCAGGGUUUAUUAAAUUAUAACACUAGAGAACUUUGUACUAAAUUUUUCAAUUUAUACUUGACAUGUACCAAUGCACCUGGGUAUUACCCUGUAAAUGAAAACUACAGUGAGAAAACGUUUACAUUUUGGUUUUUAUUACAAGAUGAUUUACUAUCAAAUGAUGCUGGACCUGACAACACAUUAUUGACAAUUGUCAAACCUUUGUACGUAUCGUUAACCCAAGUAUUAAUAAAAAAAGUCGCCUAUCCUAAAAACUUAGACACUUGGACUCCAGAUGAAAGAGAGUUAUUUCGCUGCUAUAGACAAGAUAUAUCUGAUACAUUUACUUACUGUUAUUUCAUAUUGCAAACGGAAAUGUUGGAUGUAUUGUUGACUAUUUACAAACAAGUCACCUGCAAUGCUAAAACUGCUAUAAGCCAAUGGCAAACUGUGGAGGCGUGUUUGUAUGCAUUUACUGCAAUAGCAGAACCGCUUCAAAAUCACGAAGACCAUCCUCACAUUGAACAGCUCAUAUCAUCAUUGGGUACUUUACCAUAUGAACAAAUUGAUAAAAAAGCAGCAAUAUCUGCAAUGGAUACUAUUGGAGCAUAUUAUUAUUGGAUGGAAACUCACCCAUCAUAUUUAGACUUGGUAGUUCCUCUGUUGAUGAUGGGCCUUCAUAAUAGUAACAUGUUUUCAUCAGCUUCCAUAGCACUUCGUGAUAUUGCUAAAGAAUGUAGGCAGUCUAUAGCACCCUACAAUAAUGUUAUUUUAACCACAUCAAUGACUGUACUGAAGCAAGUUGAUAAACUAAAAGAAGAGCUACGUCUUAUUUAUACAAUUGGAGUUAUUCUUUCUUCAAUGCCAUUUCCUGAUGGUAAACAAUCAUUGGAUAUGUUCAUAAAUCCGAGUUUAGAUGUUAUGAAAAGUAUAUUAGCUAUCGAGGACAGUAAUGAAUGCAUUAAACACAGGCCCGAAUUACAGAAGAGAAUUAAAGUUUUGGGCUCUUUAGUAUCUGCAAUUGAUCAGAAAGAUGCUGUUUAUCAUAUGAUAGAAAUGAGUACUCCUUUACUACACGUUAUGGCUGUAAAAUGUUUCAUUGCUUGCCCUGAAGAUUUAUUAUAUACAGGAGUUUGUGAUUUCUUUAAAUCUGUUGUUUCGAAACUUCAAGAGAAUUGUUCAAUAGCAUUAAAUAUAAUAAUAGAAAUUUUAAUGAUUGGCUUCAGAAAAUCACCUCAACCAACAGGAAUGCUAUUAUUUAAAGAAAUAUUAAUAAUGUUUGGCCGUCAAGAAGCUUUUGUUCCUAUAAUAAAAGCAACUUAUGAAGAAAUCUGUCUAAGAGUUAAAUUUAUGCUAGAACAAGCGUCAUCUACUCAAGAAGGCAUUGGGGAUAUUGUAGAAUCAUACUUAUCACUUCAAGGACAUGUAUUUAGGAAGCUUCCAUCAAUAGCUAUCGAUAAUCCAAAUGUGGAUUUUGUAUUUGUUUUUAGAAUUGCUUGUGAAGCGUUAUGUGUCAAUGAAAUAUACGUUGUCAAAAUAGCAACAUAUUUCUUAACGGCAUUCAUAUCAACGAGCCGAGAAAAAAGGUCUUUGUUUAAAGUAGUUGAAGACAAUGGAGAGUUUUUAGUGAUGAAGAUGAUAUGCAUUAUUAGAGGGGAUUCAGUUAAAACAAAUUUGGAUCCUAUGUGCGAAGUUCUUUUAAUUUUAAAUAAGAAAUACAGUGAAAAUUUACGUAGAUGGUUGUACAAUAUAGUAACAGUACAAAAGCUCGAGUUACCAAACAUUUCUGAUAAUGCAAAAUCUACUUUUUUUAAAAAUAUAUUGAGGGAAAAAACCAAUAAGAAAACUUUACAAGAUGCUGUCAAAGAGUUUUCAUUUAUUUGCCGAGGAUUAAUUGAAGUAGAUUCUUACCCAGAAUCAUAAUAUUAUGAACUAUUUAUAACAGCUGCUUUUAAGUCUGUACACUCAGUGGCUAAGUAAGGCCUACGUUCUUCUUUGCCACCAUGUUCCUUCACUUGAGCUGCCCGCCAACGAGCAAGCGUUGUCCUACAAGAUAUAAAAUUGAUCAACAACAGGUUGGAAACGGCAAUACAUAAAUAUUGCAUUAAUAUGACUAGUCCCUACCAUUUAUAUACAUAUUAUGUAUAAAUGUUUUUUCUGUGAUCCAUAUACCUAAUUAUUAAUUACUAAUUUUUUUACUAGUUUACAAAACUAUUGAAGAAGGCAUAACAAAAAUUUUGAUUAUUUUGUACGCAUUUAAGGGCUGUGUAAAUUUUAUUGAUAAGUCGAACUAACUGAAUUUUUGAUUAAACAUGAUUAAUUUGUAUGAUUUCCUAAGUGUUUUGAACUGUUAAAAUAAUUACUCACAUGGCUUUUUCUGCGUUCCUCGCCAUUUUUGACGAAGGGUUUUAGACUUUUGCACGCACGUUUCAAAACGGAAGUAUAUUUUAUCAUCGCCUAUGGGCCAUGAUCUAUCGACAACGAAAAAUACUCAUUGAUCCAAUACGGGAUGUUCCGUGAUAUGAUAAGGAAAGCGUACUGAAAAUCUGUUUUCUGUUAAGAUGUAAGUGUUUGUAAUACGGUUUACGAAUAUUUCUCACUAUAUCUUAACAUUAUAUAAAAACGAUAUUUAAUACUUUUAAUUUUUAAAUUAUUAUA